CGAGUCCAGUAGCUGCAAUACACACAGGACAGUCAGAAGAAAGACUGGAAGUACUAAAAGAGGAUUUUCCCCUUGGAAGUAAGAAAGGAAGAGAUCCAGCAGAAAAGAGGCCAUGGGCUGCUGGAAGCAAGAAAAAAGCAACACCUGGACUUUCCCCACCUUGAUUCUCUGCCUCUAUGGAUUCUUCUACAUGAUGAAACCAUCAGAACCUUUCCUAACCCCCUAUCUAACAGGACCAGAUAAAAACCUGACCAUAGAUGAGGUCACCAACCAGAUUUACCCAGUUUGGACAUACUCCUACCUUGCACUCCUCUUCCCGGUCUUCUUGAUUACAGACUACGUGCGCUACAAGCCCGUCCUCCUCCUCCAGGGCAUCAGCUUCAUCAUCACGUGGCUCCUGCUCCUCUUCGCACAGGGAGUGCUGGCCAUGCAGAUGGUGGAGUUCUUCUACGGGAUGGCAACAGCCACCGAGGUGGCCUAUUACGCCUACAUCUACAGCGUCGUCAGCACCGAUCACUAUCAGAGAGUGACGAGCUAUUGCAGAAGUAUCACUCUGGUUGCAGCCACCGUUGCCGCCGUGCUGGGACAGCUGCUGGUCUCCUUGGCAGACGUCUCCUACUUUCACCUCAACGCCAUCUCUUUGGCUUCCGUGUCCCUGGCAUUCCUGUGUUCCUUCUUCCUCCCAAUGCCACAAAAGAGUAUGUUCUUCCACAGGAAAGAUGUCUCACCACCUGCCCCGGAGCCAGAUAAAUCUGUGGCCUCAGUUGGCUCGGACGGGCCAUCGAGCUGCCAGGAGGACAAGGGCUCCGUGUCUGCUGACAGGGGACCCCCACCCGAAGCAGAGGCUGGUAACACCAGACCCCACACCAACGUGCUCAGAGUACUGGUGCAGCUGGGCAAGGACCUGAGGGACUGCUACAGCUCUAGGAAACUUCUCUACUGGUCCCUGUGGUGGGCUCUGGCCACGGCAGGCUUUAACCAGGUUCUCAAUUACAUCCAAGUGCUGUGGGACUUCAGAGCCCCCUCUCACAGCUCUGCAGUGUACAAUGGAGCUGUGGAAGCAAUAGCAACUUUUCUGAGUUCAGUAACGUCUUUUGUAGUACAAUAUAUGAAAAUUAACUGGGACGUUUUUGGAGAACUGGCUUUAGGGAUCUUCUCUGCAAUAGAUGCUGGUUCUCUAUUUCUCAUGCACUUCACUACCAACAUCUGGGCAUGUUACGCCGGCUACCUCAUUUUCAAAGCAUGCUAUAUGCUCCUCAUAACAAUAGCAACGUUCCAGAUUGCAGUCAAUCUGAGCAUGGAGCGCUACGCCUUGAUGUUUGGAUUCAACAACUUUGUUGCACUGGUGAUGCAGACCAUUCUUACAAUAGUCGUCGUGGAUUCAAAAGGCCUGGGACUGAACAUAGUGACUCAGUUUUUAAUUUAUGGCAGCUACUUCGCAAUCAUAGCUGGGGUUUUCUUGAUCAGGAGCCUUUGCAUGCUGGUCUCCAGCAAAUGCGAAAGGAAAAUAGCAAGAUCUUGCAAAGAGCACCUGAACCACGCUGAACAUGAAUCAAAAGAGCAGAUUGUAACUGGCUGUACGACACGGAUGUAGGAGUCAGGCUGACAGGCUCACGUGGCCAGACCCUCGUGGGAGAAGAGCUCCUACUGCAGCAUGCAGGGAACAGCAGCACCAGAUCAACAUACAACAGAGCCCUGAACAGCUACGCUGAAUCACUACAGCACUUCCUAACAACAUAUGCCAGCUAAGAGAUCACCAUAAUGGCUCUGCGCCAAGAAGAGAACAUAAGUUGCUUUAGAUUCUUAUUUACCUGCCUAUAAAUAGCUUAUCGGCAGUUAUUUAUACAUGAGAACAGAGCAACCACCUCGGCACCCCACCGAGCACGCUGGAAAAGAUCAGAGUCCACCCUGCCCUGCUUGUUCUAGCUCUCGUGUAGGUGUUGGCAAGCUGCUGCCACGCACGUUCGCUACGCGUGUGGGUGAAGGGCCUGUCCCCCCUUUGCACAUACCUCGUUCUCAACCCAGGAAGAAGGGACUGUGCUUGCAUCAUUAUAGUCUUUCCUACCUAACUACAGGAGAUUCAA